AUGUCUCGUGUUGCUGGCAUCGUCUGCGCGGUCUCCCUGGCCCUCUAUGGUGCCAGCUGCUUCAUUGUGCCAACCACCAUGCCCAAGGGCGCGCCUCAGAGGGAGUCGGGUGCCGUGGUGGGACAGCCCAGCGCCAUCGGCAACUCAGCCUCCUGGAGCCCUCUUGCCGUGGGCGCAGCGCUGGGACUCCUGAUUGCAGUGGCCACUGGCCGCCCUGCCCUGGCUGCGGAUCUGGAGAACGGUGAGGCCAUCUUCAACGGCAACUGCACUGCCUGCCACGCCGGCGGCAACAACUCCAUCGUAGCGGAAAAGAAGCUGAAGAAGGAAGCCCUGGUCCAGUACGGCAAGUAUGACGUUCAGGCCAUCAUCACCCAGGAUGUGGCCUCCUACGUCUACAACAAGGCUGACAAGUGGUGA